GUAAGACUGCGCCGCGCCGUGACUGCGUUCAGGCUGAAGAGAGACACACAGAAAAACACCUGGUGAAGCAACAUGGCGUUUAUUAAAGAGGAGAUUGAAGACAUGAGGAUUGAAGAAACAUUCACAGUGAAACAAGAAGAUAUUGAGGAACAAACAGAUCUGAAGACACUGAAAGAGGAGAGUCAAGAGCAGAAUGAACUGGAAGAGAAACAUCAGUACCUGAAACCUGAUUUCAUUAUUGAAGAAAAAUCCAGAGAGACUGAAAAAACUUCAUCACAAAAAAGAACUCUAAAUAGAGAAUCUACCAAAUGUUACACCUGCUGUCAGUGUGGAAAGACUUUCAAUCAAAAACAAAAUCUCACUGUCCACAUGAGAACUCACACUGGAGAGAAACCUUAUACCUGCCAACAGUGUGGAAAAAGUUUCACUCAAAAAGGAAACCUUAAAGUCCACAUGAAUAUUCACACCGGAGAGAAUGCUUUCACCUGCCAACAGUGUGGGAAAAGUUUCACUCAAAAAGGAGCCCUUAUAAGGCACAUGAGAAUUCACACCGGAGAGAAGCCUUACGCAUGUGAAGAGUGUGGAAAGAGCUUCACAACAGAACUAAACCUUAGGUAUCACAUGAACGUACACACCGGAGAUAAGCCGUUUACAUGUGAUCAGUGUGGAAAGAAAUUCAAACGUAAAGUAUCGCUUACAUGCCAUAUGGGAGUUCACUCAAAAGAGAACCGUUUUAAAUGUCAUGAGUGUGGAAAGAGUUUCAGUCAUAAAGUAAACCUCAAGAAUCACAUGAGACUUCACACUGGAGAGAAGCCUUACACAUGCAUUCAGUGUGGAAUGAAUUUCAGAUAUAAAGCAGCCCUUAAUGCCCACAUGACAACUCACACUGGAAAGAGUCCUUACAGCUGCAAACAGUGUGGGAAGAGCUUCACACGAGAACUAAACCUUAAGUAUCACAUGAAUAUUCACACUGGAGAGAAGCCGUUCACAUGUGAUGAGUGUGGAAAGAGUUUCAGACGUAAAGUAACCCUUAGUCAGCACAUAAGGAUUCACUCAAGAGAAAACUGUUUUAUAUGUGAUCGGUGUGGAAAAAGUUACACAAGCAUGAAACGCCUAAACAAGCAUGUAGUAAUUCAUUCUGGAGAGAAAGUUUUUAAAUGCCAGCAGUGUGGAAAAAAUUUCAGUCAUAAAAUAAGCCUUAAGGCUCACAUGAGACUUCACACUGGAGAGAAACCUUAUGCAUGCCCUAAAUGCGGAAUGCGUUUCACUUAUAAACCAUCCCUUGAUUUACACUUGAGAGAUCACACUGGAGAAAGGCCUUAUAUAUGCAAACAGUGUGGAAAGAGCUUCACACAAAAAGGAAAUCUGAAGACUCACAUGAUAAUUCACACCGGAGAGAGGCCUUUCAAAUGCCAGGACUGUGGAAGGUGUUUCAAUCGUAAAGUGAUCCUUAAGACUCACAUGAGAAUUCACACUGGAGAGAAGCCUUACUCGUGCCCUCAAUGUAAAAUGCGUUUCACAUAUCAAGGAGACCUGAAACGGCAUUUGCAAGUGCAUUCUGGAAAAAAAUUGCAGUGUUCUAAGCGUGACAAAAAAUUUACGAAAAGUAGCAAUUUAAAAAAACAAGUGUGCGUGCAAUCUGGGGAAAGACAAUUUACUUGUGAUCAAUGUCAUAAAAAAUUUCUUUUGCCAUUACACUUAAAGAUACACCUGAAAAGUCACACAGAUGCGAGACGCUAUUUGUGUUCCAUGUGUGGUAAGAGGUUUAAAUGGCUUGGCAGUUUUAAAUGGCACCAGAAAAUACGGAUCUGUCUGAAAUUAAAGCUCCGCUCACACCGUAGCUGAAUGUGGGCUAAAUCUGAUAGUCAUUUUAUCCAUAUACUUUCAAUUUAGAUUUUCUUUUCUUUUGUCAUGUACACAUGAACUCCUCUGAUGGAGUCGACAUCUGACCAUCUCAAUUUGCACUACUGAGCAGUUUCAGUAAAUGCUCUCUAAUUUCACUUGUAUAGGAUGAAAUCCAUUUCAUGUUUUGAUACAUUGGGAUUAAAAUAUUAGUAAAAUAAAACUUCUGUCUUGCUGUGAAAUGCUACAAUGUCAUCGAAAGUUUGUCAAUAAAAGGAUAUAAACAG